AUGAAAGCAUGGAACGUACCUAUUGCAUGCCGAAUGUUUAGGUACGCCCUCGAAGGAGAUGCCAGAGAAUGGUUAAAAAGCGUAACGAAAAGGUCAAUUGUUAGCUUUGAUGACCUCAAAGAAAAAUUCAGGGCCCGGUUCAGUCAGCAGAAGAAACACAAGAAAAUCCACGUGGCAACCCACGGGAUAAGACAAAGAGAGACGGAAAGCUGCAGGUCGUUCAUCGACAGGUUUACUACAGAGACAGAAUAUAUAGUAGACCUUGCUGAGUCCCAAAGGAUAUCUGGACUAAUUCACGGCCUUCGACACAAACCACUAGUAGAAUUCCUAUAUAGAGACCUUCCGAAUACUUAUAAGCAAGUCCAAAAAAGAACGCAUGUAUUAUUGGACGCGAGGGAAAUAGCUUCUAAAGGGGACAAUAGUCCUCCACAUGACAAAGACGCUUCAGCAAAAAAGGGGAAAUGGGGAAAUGACAGAGAAAGACCUAAAUAUAGCCCGUACCAGAAGGAAGAUAGGGGACUUCACAAGACUAUUUUACCAGAACUGAACAAGACCCCGAAAGAAAUCCUGCUCACCGAAAGCGCAGCAAAGAAUUUCUCCACACCACCCCGAUUAAACCCAAGGAGCAGAAGAGACACUUCCAAAUACUGCGAGUUCCACCAGGACUACGGUCAUGAUACCAACACCUGUUGGCAGCUAAAGAAAGCCAUUGAAGAAGCUAUUAGCGAAGGAAAGCUGGCACACCUGGUUAAAAGUGUGAGGCAACAAACCCCCAAGAAGGAGGACGAGCAAGGAGAAAAAAAAAGGCCCAGAAAAAACCUACUAUGCUAUUUUGAAGAAAAAACUUGUGGAAAAGCACCCGCUCCCAAAGAUGUAUCGGGGCGAUGUAGGCAACAUUUCAUUUCCUUCGACAUACAAGGUUUUCCGUGA